CUUCACGAAAUAUGACUAAUGCACAUCCUUAAGGCAAUGCUUCUUGCGGGCUUUUGCACGGAGUUGGACUGAACUCGUCUCUGAGGCGAGGAGAUCAAGACUGGACACUCUCUGCCGCUGCGGCAGCAGGAACAGCUUUUUGCUCUUUCUUUUGUCAGUUGCACAGAUCUUGGACUGCUUUUUUGGUUGUUUUGCUUGAUGCAUUAUCACGGAAAGAAGCGGACCCAGGUCGGGCGACUGCCUUCGCCAUAUUUCCUUUCUGCUAUUGUGCUUGGUACGAACAUUUUUCGCUUCUUAAUCCAUAGACUGGACCAAUUCCGUCGCGUGGCUUGCGAGUCGAGCUCGACGACGAAGGCGACUUCUGCUAGGCUGGUCUUUCGAGGCAGGUCAAAGCGGAGUCGCGACAAAAACAAUCAAUAUUGGCACGACGCUGGCUUGGAGAAUGUGUCUUGAUGGAGGGGAAUGUUGGAUGAUACUUGGUAGUGCGUAGGUACUGAGAAUGAGAGACGUCGGCCACAAAACUUG